AUGGAUGAGAAGAAGGGCCUGGAUCUCGGCAGCACCUACAGAAAUGAAAAGAGCUGUAAGAAGUUUUUGGUUGCUAUAGCCGAAAUCACCCGUCUAGCAAUUGAAGACAAGUGUGACAAACCAGGUGCCAAUGGCAUCUAUGAUGCUAUAAUGCAAGCUGUAAAGCUCCCGGGGAUCCCAAAGGAAGAAAUGAUGAAGAAAAUUGUGGGAUUUGCUGGCGAUGGGGCGGCUGUCAACACCGGGAAAAAGGCUGGGGUGAUCGCUCUCAUGCGGGAAAGAAUCAGUGGAGACAUACUGAUGGUGCAGUGCAUGGCCCAUAGGGUGGAAUUGGCCUUCAAAGAAGCCAUGAAACAAGCCUCUUUGUUCAUCAAAGUCUAUGUCCUCCUGGAUGCUCUGUACAAGCUUUACAGGAUCCCUAAACAGGCCGCUGGUUUGAAGGCAGCUUUCAGUACCACCAACAUCUCCAAGAUCUGGCCUGUCCGAGUUGGAGGAACGCGCUGGGUUAGCCAUACCCACACAGCACUGCAAAACAUGUUGCGUGGUUACCGUGCAAUUGUUCUUCAUCUCAGUCAAGUUGCCACCACCAGGACAGCUAGUGGUAUGCAAGCAAAGGCAAAAGGUCUCCUGAAAACGCUGCGCUCCAAAGAUGCCAUGACUUUUGCCCACUUCCUAAGUGACAUUCUGGCCGUUCUCUCCAAACUGUCGAAGACGCUGCAGCAGAGAGAAGUUUGUACCUAUCAUGUACAUGAAGCACUGAAGGCCACAAUGACCAGCAUCAACAAAUUCAAGGACCGGGCAGGACCUGAGCAGCGGAAACUCCAGCAGGGAGACUGUAACUCCUUUGAAGGUCAGACCCUAACAGGGGUAGACCACUCUUCAGGCCAGAUUGAGAAGGUCGUUGAGGCAUUGGUUGGUUCACUAGCCCGGAGAUUCAGUGACAUGGGAGGUGAAGUCCUCAAAGCUACAAAAAUAGCGGACAUGCAGUCAUGGCCUCAGGAGCAUGAAGAUGAUUUUGGGGAUGACUUCAUUGGAGUGAUUAUCGACCACUACAGGGAGCACUUCGACAAUGUUGGAGUAGAUGUAAGUGCAAUCGAAGCAGAGUGGACCUCCCUCAAACAAGCAUUGUACGAAAACCAGGGGAACAAGAUUCACUCCAUGUCCUGGCCAUCUGUGUUUGAGCUUUACAAGAGCACGUUUCCAAAUAUCCUGCAUGUAAUUGAUCUGGUCUUAUCACUCCCUGCCGCCACCUCUGAGUGUGAGAGAGGAUUCUCUCAAAUGAAGAUUACCAAGUCCCAGUACAGGAAUAGACUGAAGGCUACCACCAUGACAAUGCUCAUGACAAUUCAGCUGCACUCAGAACCUACAAAGGAUUUUGAUCCAUCAUCUGCCAUUCACCAGUGGAAUCAAAACCACAAUCGCAGACCCAACUUCAUGGAGGGAAGAAAGAAAGGCAGAAUGGCAGCUUUGGAGGGAGCCAAACAAGUGCAGGAAGAGAUUGAUGGAGUUGACGGAGUGGAUGGUGCUCAAAUGGUUGCUGAAGCUGCUGGGGGUGCAGUAGUUGAAGCUGAAACCAAGGAGAUAAACUCUGAUGACUGGUUUACAGACAUGGAGGAUAAUGUAGAUUCUGACGAUGGUGAGAUGGAAGAUAGAGGUCUUGUUGGUGAGGAUGAGGAAUGA